UCUUGAGGAGAAGGCGCUCCGUCGCGGCUACGGACAUCCCCACUGCACCGUUGCCCAGCUUAGCGUCCGGCCUUCUGAUCUAGAUGCAUUACGAAACGUAGUGCGGGAGAUUUGGCUUUCCAUGAAGGAAUUGACAGAAAGGCAAGAUGCGACAAUUAGUUUAGCCGCAUUAGAUGAUGGACCUUCUUUUGCCACAAGCAAAGAUGGAGAAGAGAUUCGUCUCCCCAGCAUCAGGAUUUUGCGCUCCGAGACUCUCUGUGCAUUAAAUAAAAAGAUUAGUUGUGCGGUGCUCCCAUAUCAUGUGCUUCCCGCCACACUUGAUGUAGGGAAAGCCGCUUUUCAUCCGUCGUUUAGUGCUGAUAACGCGGCCACAGUGGAGUGGAUGAAAAAUUACCUCUCAGAGCAUUGCAUCGAUGCGUAUAGUCCUCAUAUCACUCUCGGUGCCACCACGGUGAAGCCGAUGACCUCUUCCUUUCUUUUCAAGCCCACCACCGUGCCCUGGAGAGAGUGUCGUCUCGUCGUCAGUCGAAUGGGUAAUUAUUGUUCUUGUUUUGAGAUAUACGAUUAA